GUCGUCAGUUGGCAUCGUCCGCUUAAGAAGCGAAGUUCAGCUCAGAUAAUACCCAAUGUCGAUCCCAGCCAGCGCCACUUUUUUGAUGCUGCUGGCUGUGAUAGGCCUGCAGCAAGUGCUGCUCUUGCUGGCUGCUCCGGCCAUCGAGAAUCCUGCGUAUACCAGUCAGGAUUUAUGGGCCGAUGAAUCAGCGCCAACGGCAGCCGUGAGGCGCCCAAGACGCCACGAUGUGGAUGAACCUGCGCUCUGUGGCAGACAUGGCAAGCAUUGGCCUGGACAUGGAUUUGACCCUAACUAUGGAUUUGGUUUCGGCUUUGGCUAUGGCCCUAGGCCUGGAUUCGGCUAUGGUCAUGGACAUGGACAUGGGCAUGGUCAUGGACGUGGCUAUGGACACGGGCAUGGGCAUGGGCAUGGGCAAGGCUACGGAUCUGGUUACAUUCCCAACAUUGACUUUGAUAUUCCUGCUCAUGGAAACGACGACAAUCAGCCUCAGUAUAAAGUUCCAUUGGCGCCUUUUAAUGAAAACCAGCAAGAAUCCACAGAGCUCACCUCAAGUAGCCUAGCGCCGCCAACAAGCAAAACAACGGCAGCGCCUGCAACCACAGCAUCAACCACUUCCACAACCACAGAGGAUUCCACAUUGGGCAUUGACUUACGCAGUGGGCUUAGCUAACUGAUAAACCAUUAAGUGUAUGCACUCAGAGAAACUAUUGGGCAUAACUGGAAUCGAAUUUACUUUUCAGUUUAGUAUCAGAUAAUUCUGAUUUGCAUACUUCAACUAAACUUUCAUAUGUUAAAUAAUUAAGUCUUAUAAAAAUGAUUUGGAAAUAUUUAAUAAUUUUUC